ACGAGCGGUUACGAUGGAUCAAUGCUCAAUGGUCUCAAUAUCCUUCCUUCAUAUACUGACUACUUUCAAUUGAACAACGUAACGAAGGGUUUGAAUACUGCCUCGGUCUCAAUUGGUGGAUUCAUAGGGCCAUUGAUAUCAGGUAUUGCAGCUGACCGACUUGGUCGACGGCCAGCUAUUUUCUGGGGCUCACUUUUAACGAUUCUUGGAAUAAUAAUCCAGACUGCGGCGCAAAAUAUUGCCAUGUUCGUCGUAGCGAGGAUCAUGAUAGGGAUUGGAAGUGCUAUUACCGGGGUUGCCGGAGGAGUAUAUUUGACCGAAGCGUUUCCCAGUCGCUGGCGGGCGUGGGGCUACUCUGUAUUCACGGAACCGGAAAUUUCAUCUAACUCCGAGUCGGGAUAUAGCAUUGGGGCCUUGAUUGCAGCAGGGGUUACUCUUGGUACCGGCCAGUGGCAAUCGACUUGGGCAUGGAGAGCUCCGUCUCUUUUCCAGGCAAUAUUUUCAUUACUCUGCAUCCUUACUCUCCCAUUUAUCCCUGAAUCACCGCGCUGGUUAGUACAACAAGGGCAUUACGAAGAAGCAAGACUUUCUGUUGCCCAGAAGAACGCCGACAGCAACAUUUCGGAUCCUGUUGUCGUUGCAAUCUUCAAAGAAAUUGUGGAUACCUUGAAAUGGGAACGAGAAGAAGGUCAUGGUCUAAGACCCAUAGAGAUAUUCAAGAGGUCGGCGACCAGAAAACGACUCCUUAUUGGAAUAUCAGCAGGCCCGUUUUCCUGCAUAGCAGGAAACGUAAUUGCAUCCUAUUAUUUAGGCUCUGAGCUCGAUACCGCCGGAAUUACAGAUACAAACGAUCAACUCAAGGCGAAUGUCGUUUUAAAUACCUGGUGUCUUCUAUGCAGCCUUAUAGGUACGCACCUAGCAGCUAAAUGGGGGAGAAAAUCGACGGCAAUUCUUUCCCAGACGCUCUUGUCUCUUUGCCUUUUCGUGGUAGGGGGGCUUUCAAACAUGUAUGCAUCAGAUCCUGCUGGUGCAUCUAAUGGCUUGGUAUAUGGGAAUGUGGCUGUGAUGUUUCUCUUUCAAGGCUUUUACUCAAUAGCAUGGACGCCGCUGUUAUAUCUAUACCCGUCAGAGGUGAUGAACUAUACCAUCCGCGCCAAUGGUGUUGCUCUCUCGUCAUUUUCUUUGAAUGCAUUUGCUCUCGUCUUCACAUUCAUCAUGCCAAUCGGGCUAGGUGACAUUGGAUGGAAGAUGUACAUGAUUAAUGCAUCCUGGGAUAUAGUUGUCUUAGUCCUAAUUGCUAUCUAUUGGGUUGAAACCAAGGGAAAGACAUUGGAAGAAAUCGACGCGUUAUUCGAGGGACAGAAACAUUCUUCAGUUCCUGAUAUUGAGUUAAUCCGCAAAGGAGAGGAACAAAUCAAUACAGACACUAUCGAGGAGCAACUCAUAGUACAAUUGCAUCAGAAUAUUAAAUGA